GCUCCUUCUUCCCAUCCCAUUCCGUGAGAAGAUUCGGGUGAAUGCGUAGAAAAGGGAAAUAAACAGUUUAGGAGUGUAAAAUGUUGGGUGUGUUCAGCAGCUCCAUCGUGUCGCCGCCGGACGAGCUCGUGGCCGCCGGCAGCCGAACACCGUCGCCGAAGACGACGGCGGCGGCACUGUGGAAGCGGUUUCAGGAGAAAAACGCUUCCGCAGUGUCGGUGGAGAUCGGAGAGCAUGUCCACCUAGCUUAUACCCACCACAACGAGUCGCCGUGGAAACCCAGAUCUUUUGCAGUGAAGGAUGAGGUAUUCUGCUUGUUCGAGGGAGUUCUUGAGAAUUUAGGGCACUUGAGACAACAAUAUGGACUGGGAAAGUCAGCUAAUGAAGUAUUGUUGGUGAUUGAGGCUUACAAAGCUUUACGAGACAGAGCACCUUACCCUGCUAAUCACGUUGUUGGCCAUCUCAGUGGAAGCUUUGCAUUCAUAGUUUUUGACAAAUCCACUUCCACCCUCUUUUUGGCCUCUGAUAAGAAUGGUAAGGUGCCUCUGUAUUGGGGAAUUACUGCUGAUGGCUAUGUAGCAUUUGCUGAUGAUGCAGAAUUGCUUAAAGGUGCUUGUGGAAAGUCACUUGCAUCUUUCCCUCAAGGAUGUUUCUACUCCACAGCUGUUGGAGGAUUGAUGUGUUAUGAGAAUCCUAAAAAUAAGAUCACUGCAGUUCCUGCUAAGGAGGAGGAAAUCUGGGGUGCAACCUUCAAGGUGGAAGGGCCAGCAGUUGUUGCAGCCAGACAAUAGAUAUUCUUUGAAGAAAUGAUCACUGCAAUGAGGCAUAGGAAGAGUGUACCUUAGUUCUAUCACUGUUUUUCUUAUCAGCACUUGGUUCUAUCAGUGUUAUCAGUGUACAGUUACGUUUCUCAAUCUAAUAAAAAAAAAAACUCUGCUUUUAAAUUU